UAAAUUCCUUUCCCCCGCGCAUGCCAGUCUCCCGUUCUUUAGCUGAAGAGACAUGCGCUCGUCCCGCUGCCCCGUUCGCAUUGGCUGAACGGAGACCUCCGUUUUUUUUUUUUUGUUUUUUGUUUGCUUAUAUUUUUAGCAGCGGAGGUCAGACUCGUAUUGCAUCUCGCGUGGUAGAAAGUGCUGUUCAUCUGCAGUCCUGCUGAGCGCUGGAGAACCGCAGUGUGUUGCGCUGUGAGCAAAUACCGUGAACACUCGAGCUCAGCAUAUUGACCUCUAUUACAGCGAAUGGUCUUCAUUAACGUGUUCAUCGGAAGAAAGUUGAAGUCAACACAAGGGUAUCUGUGUCUGUGGAGCGCUGGAUAUCUGAUCUAGGAUUUCAGUGGUCCUCUUGCUGAGAAGCUUUUCUAAACAUGGCUAGUCCUGGAGACGAUUCGGCUUCAAAUGCUCAGCUGGAUCAGCCCGAAUCUGUGGAAACAACCCCUGAACCAGCGUUCAAAGAAGCACAGAAAUGGAUCGAGGAAGUAACAGGAAGAAGUUUCGGUGAUAAGGAUUUCAGAAGUGGACUGGAGAACGGCAUUCUGCUCUGCGAGUUGCUGAGUUCAAUCAAACCAGGCCUUGUGAAAAAGAUCAACAGACUUCCAACACCCAUUGCGGGACUAGAUAAUCUGACCAUGUUUCUGAGAGGAUGUGAAGAGCUGGGACUGAAGGGAUCACAGCUGUUUGAUCCUGGAGACCUGCAAGAUACGUCAAUACGAGCAAAUUUAACGGAUUCUGACUGCAUUAGAAAGUUGAAGAAUGUACUCAUAACUAUAUACUGGCUUGGUAAAGCUGCUAACAGUUGUGCAACGUAUAACGGCCCCACACUCAACCUGAAAGAGUUUGAGGGACUACUUUCCAUGAUGCGAAAGGAGUGUGUAAGUGAAGAGUCAGACUCCCCUAAGCGCAGUAUAAGGGACAGUGGUUACAUAGACAGCUGGGAAUCGGAGCGCUCUGAUUCGCUGUCUCCACCGAGGCACGGCCGUGAUGAUUCGUUGGACAGUCUCGACUCAUUUGGCUCGCGAUCACAGAACACACCCUCCCCAGACACUGUUCUUCGCUGCAACAGCGAUGACUUUGAAGGUGAUCACAGAAAGUUGCCAGACAUGCGUAAGGAUGACAUGUCUGCUCGACGCGUGUCCUACAAAGAGCCUCGUGCUGCUCUUCCCUUCAACCAGUAUCUGCCCAACAAGAGCAACCAGACCAACUACCUUCCUGCCCCCUUGAGGAAGAGGAGGAGUGUGAGCAACUCAACAUCUCCUGUUGGUGAAAGACCUCUCAGAGAGGAGGGUCUAGAAGUUUUAAAAGAGGGGGCUGUCAUGUCUCGAAGCCCUGCGCUUCAGAAAACGUUCACUUGGGCAGGUGAGAAAGGGGUGGAGCUUGACGAGGCGGAGCUCAAAAAAAUGAGGAAGCUGGAAAAGGCGGGGAUUAAAGUAUUACCUACCUCUGUGCAAUACAAUAGUCCAAACGUCAUUGCUGAGGAGCUCAAUAAAGCUAAACCAUCUUCCCCUGACAUCAUACUUCGGCGUGAUAAUGACUUUCUGUGUGCCGCCGCCCCGCACGAGUGGGACUCGAAUGAGGAAGAUGAGGACGAAGAGGGUGAGAGGAAGGUUCCAGAUGUCCAAAAGGAUGAUCUUGCUUCUCGCAGAGCCCGCAUGAAUCAAUUCAAACCCAGUGUGACGCAUCACUUUCUGCCGGGCUCUUGUAGCUGGAAGGACCGAGAGAAAUGGGAGGGAAUCAGGCUGGCAUCCCAGCAAGCCAUACUGGAGAGGAUGGAGAAUUCGGAACAGGAGAAAAGUCCGGCUGACUUCACCUCCUCUGAGGAAUCAGUUAUAACUCGAAAGGACAAUGCUUUCCUAAACCCUGACAAAGAAAGGGAAAAAGAGGGGGAUGAGGAAGAUGAGAGAGAGGUAGAGGGGAGGAUAGUUAUCCCAAACCCACACAAAGAUGAUCUAGCGAGGAGGCGGGCUGGGCGAGGGACACGCCCUCCCAAAGAUCCUCAUCAAUCAUUGGUCCAGACUUCCAUCACUCAGUCUGACCUGAAGACAUGGGAGAGACUCAAGAUGAAUACAGAGAGCAGUGAGGAUGGCUCCACUCUUGCUGAAGUGUCAAUCAUAACUCGCAAAGACAACCCUUUCCUGAGCCCUGAGAAAGACAGUGGGAGUGAGGAAGAGAAGGAGGACGGGCCAGUCAGAGAGGGAGGGGGUAGGGUGGUGAUGCCUAACGUAAAGAAAGAUGACCUGGCCAGAAGGCGGGUCCAAAGUGGGCCCACCCCACAGAGAGAUCCUCUGCAGUCAUUGGCUCAAACUACCAUCACUCAGUCAGACCUGGAGAAGUGGCAAAGUCUCAAGAUGAAUACAGAGAGCAGCGAUGAGCCCAUUGUCCCUCUGUGUCAGACGUGUCUUGAGAAAGGCUGCCUCUCAAUCGCCUCCAAGGCAAAGGUUGCCAAGAAUGACCUAGCCGGUUGCCGGGAACGUUCCUCCGGCAAACGGCGGCGUUUUGUGACAUUUGGGGGUGUGACAGAGAUGGAGAACACAUCCUGGCAAGAGGAGGAUGAGGAAAGGGGAGAGGGGGACAAGGCAGAGAAGCUUCAAUACCUCCUCUCGAUGGCACCUGUUGCCAUGCCCACCAUAGGGCUGGGCUCCAGACUGACAAAGAGAGCAGUCGGCAGAGAUGCAAACCCAGAACCUGCUGUAGUCAUGCCCCCCGAACCCCCAAGCCCUGUCAUAUUUGACCAUAAACAGCCUUCGACCUCUGCGGAGGAGGAGCUGGAUGAGAGAGAAGGUGAGGAAGAAGAGGAGAAGCAACCAGAUGUAGAAAAAGAUGACAUGCUGGCUCGUAGAACAGGAGUAUUUCAGAAGCCAGCAACAGGGACGUCAUAUAACCGAUUCCUCCCACAGCCAGGAUCCAAGAGAGAGGGUGCUACAGGGGCUUCAUUAGCCCAGAAAGGAAGUAUUCAGAUGGGCACAAUUGGAGAGAGAGACCUCCAGUACCUGGAAAGAAAUAUAAAGACAAAGAGAACCAAGAUUGGACAGAGAAAUGAACCAGAUGACCAACUACCACCAGUUCCGCUCUCCGUAGUUACCCAAAAGAGUCCUGACAUCGUACGCUCAACUGCUACCAAUGUUGGUGGCUCUUGCAGUUACAUUAGUGAUGAUUAUGAUGAGUGUGGGGAUGAAGGCCCACCGCCAGACUUUGACAAGGAUGACAUGCUCACUCGAAGGACUGGAGCUCACCAAAAGCCAAGUGGGGUGGCAGGACAGACUUUUAAUGCAUGUUUGCCUAAACCUGGUGCUGUCAAACUCAAAAGCACCCCUGGCAGUGGAUUGCAGCAGUCAUACAUCAAGCCUAAAGAGCAAGAGAAAACCCCGGCUUUGGACAGCUUCACCCUUAGCUCUGUGGCCCCGCCCCCAAGAGAUGCUGAGGACACGCCUAGGAAGGGCCCUCAGAUGACAGACAGGCAGGAGGUGGGCUCUGUGAGUGUGGUGGGUCAGGAAAGUCUUAUUAAAAAUGAGACUAAUCCCAAAAGCCCCUCCCCCAUACCUGACCAAGCCUCACGUCGGCCCCUUUGGCAGGAAGAUGAUGAUCUCCCCCCAAUAUUCAGAGCAACUAGUGUUUCUGAUGAAACAGAGAGUGCGAGUUUGAUUGACAUGCGUGAUGAAGAGGACGAGAUGGCCUACCUUCGACCACACAGCCAAUCACGAAAUGAGCGCCUACACAAUCAGUACAACAAGCUCAAAGAGGAGGAGGACCAGUGGCAAGAUGAUUUGGCUCGCUGGAAGAAUCGGAGGCGAAGUGCCUCUCAGGAUCUGAUCAAAAAAGAGGAAGAAAGGAAGAUGAUGGAGAAGUUGAUGACAACAGAUGGAGGAUCCAGCCAUCGCAAGAAGAGCAUCAAAACAUACAAAGAGAUCGUAGAGGAGAAAGAGCGUAGAGAACAGGAGCUACAUGAACAGUACUGCAAGGCCUCCACUCCAGAGGAGAAAGCAGCCGUGCUUCAACGCUACGCUCUCCGUUUCACCAUCAGCGACGCCAUACUGGAGAAGCUCCAGCUCCCCAAACUGCCUUCUGCUGCCACGCCCAUACACACUUCUUUCCGCCAGCCAGUGAAGCAGCCCACAUGUCCUGGCCCAGUAGAACCAGAGGUUCCAGAGCCUACACAAACCAACCAAACACACCACAGUGUCCUUGCAGACCAGCAGAUGGUACAAAAUCAGACACUGGUACAGCCUAAAAGCCCUGAACCAUUACCUACAAAGACCACCAAAACUCCAGAAAUCUCAUCGGCACCCACACGUGCUCCCCCUGCUUGUUCAAAGCCUGUUCCCCUAAUCACCCCAAAACCCUACAGCCAGCCCAGAUUAAGCCAGGGCCCCUGCAAAACAUUGAAGACUGAUGGGCUGGUGCGUGUGAAUGGAGAGAGCACUCAAGAGGAGAGAAGAGAGAGUGCAGUUGGAGUGUCUCUAAAGCAUCCUGUCUCCUUCUCUUCCUCACCCCCAAAGCCAGCCACUCAGACUCAACAAAAUGAUGAGCUAACUGUGUUAGAAACUUCACACCACCAGCAAAGCUCGCAGACUUCCUUUCAGGAGAAAGAGGUCGUAAAGAAAGAAAAAGAAUGUUCUCUAAGCAUUCAGGAAGAGAAUAGCAAAGAAGAGACCUCAGCUACACUACAGUUAGAACCAGGUAAACCGAUGGUGAAGCGCCACUGUCUUGUCACAACAACUAUUGUGACAGAACUCACUCAGACAUACCCCGUCCAACCAAAUGACACAUCUAGCACUGACCAGCUUUGUGGCUCAGUCCAGAAGUUAUGUGAUCUGAGCACAUCUAACGAGUCCAGCAAGGCUGACCAGACUUCAUACUCACUCUCACUGACAGAGUCCUCACCCACCUCUAAAAGCUCUAGGUUACGCUGGGAGUUCUUUGCUCCAACAGAGGGGAUUGACUACUCCAUUGAAUGUAUUGAAACCCCAAUGUUGAACCUUGCGAAAAGGGUUGACCACUGGACGUGGGAUCCUAAUGAAGAACGCAGGCGGCAGGAGAGAUGGCAACAAGAGCAGGAACGCCUGCUGCAGGAGAAAUAUCAGAGAGAGCAGGAGAAGUUGAAGGAGGAGUGGGAGAGAGCACAGAGAGAAGUGGAAGAGGAGGAGAGAAGACACCUUGAAGAGGAGAGGCGAAUUCUGGAGGAAACCGUGACCCCACUGACCCCUUGCUCCGCAGUUUUGUCAUCCAGAAGAAUUACAGAGCCCCCCUGCCUCAGCCAGCCUCCACAUGACACCAUUGUCCUCUCAUUGGCUGAUUGGGAAAGGAAACAGGAAAUACUGGAGAGACAGGCAGAGACGAACCAGAGCAAUGGACUGACACACAGCACUGAUGAAGUAAUCACAGCUGCUCAACAAAACAGUCAGAGAACUGAACCUCAGGAGAGCCAAACAGCUACACCACAACUGCAGUUUACUGAGGAUGGCUCAUGGAACUGUAAGUCUAAAAGCAGACAAGAGGAUUUGAAGAAAACUGCCUCACUGGACCGUAAACAGAGUCCACCCCAGAGCCAGACCGCAGGAAUGAGGAGGACUGGGUCGUGUGAAAAUGUAUUAGGAACACAAUCAUCAAAAUCACCUUCACCAUCACAAGACACGUCGCCUCCAUCCCCCAGCAGGUCGGUAAGUGGAAAGAAGCUCUGCUCUAGUUGUGCGCAUCCAUUGGGCAAAGGAGCAGCUAUGAUCAUUGAAACCCUGGGGCUGUACUUUCAUAUUCAGUGUUUUAAGUGUGGCAUAUGUAAAGGGUUACUUGGCGACGUAAGUGCAGGAACUGACGUCAGAAUUCGAAACGGACUCCUUAAUUGUCAAGAAUGCUACAUAAAAUCACAGGCUGCUGGCCAGCCAACAACAUUGUGAUGCCUCUGCACUCCUGACGAGCAACUGCAUCCAAAAUCAAGUUGAACCAAGCCAGGACCAUACCCAAGAAGAAAUAAUUUUAUGUUUCCAACAUUGUUCCUGAAAGCACAAUCAUGCAUAGACUUUAAGUCAAUACUGAAAUCAUGAGUACAACCGGUCUUCUUCUGGACUACGUUAGACUGUAAAGCAAAGACUGUUUUUGUGCUUGUUGAAGUAGGGUUAUAUCACGUACAUGGUGAAAAUAUAGUCCAUAAAAUAUUAAAGCGAGUUCAUACUAUAAAACUAGUAGCUUGUUCAUACUAUUUGUAUUAAAAUGUAUAAUGAGAAGUAAUAGAAGCGACACUUUACCUCACAGUGUCCAUGUUACACACAUUACGUAUUUCUGAAAUUUUGAUAGCAAUAACAAGUGUAAUUAAAAGCUCUUCCACAAAAAAAAAAAAAAAUACAAAUUGACUACAAGUUGGUCUUGAGUAUUACCAAAGACAGUCUAGGAUGAGGAAAUAGGGUAUAAGAGAAAUUAAUGGGAGAAAUCGCUUGGCUCAAGAUGGCUGCUAUAGAAAUGGAAGUCCCGCCUUUCAGUUUAAAGAGCCAAUUGCAUUUUUGAUAGAGUCUUUCAACUCUAGAAAACACAUGCACAAUAACCAGACCGAAAUUAAAAAUACAUUAAGUGGUUUGAGGUUAAGAAGUCAAAUUUAUUAUACCACUUUCUUCCAUUUGCUGACAGUGUGUUAUUGAAAGAUAAUCUUGGCAAACAGAUUUUGGUCUUUCCCCAUUCAGGUAGAUAUAAGCUGUUUAUGAGCCAAUGACAUAAAAUAGAAGCCUGGGGUGGGGGGGCUUAUUUAUGUUAAUACACAGUAACAUGGGCACUGUAAUGUAGAGUGCCACUAAACUGUUCAUUACUAUUGUGAGGAAUUUGGAACACAAGGAAGCGCAUCAAGUUUUUUCCAUCCAAAAAAUCUUUCAACUAAUUCUGUGUUUCUUGAGGGAAGCAUGUACAAGGAGAACAGCAGAGGACCUAAUACGAAGCCUUGUGGCACUCCAUACUUGUGUUUCUCAAUGUGGUUGUGGUCGGAUAAUAUUAUUAUAUUAAUAAUACAUCAUCUCUGUUUUUCUAAGCCAGCAGGUCUCUCAAAUUAUUCGGCCAGAAACUCUGUGUACUUCUAAUAACAGAUGAACACAUGAUUUGCAACACUUAGGUCUGGCGGAUUUGUGCUUAUGCCUUAACUGACAAUAUGAAAUGAACACCAAUAAGAUUGACCCCUUACUUUUUUGUAGUUUGAAAAAAUGUCUUGAUGAACUGGAAUAGUUUUGAUUAAAAUGUUCUGUUCCCUUCUAUAUUUUGCAUUGAGGGGUUUGAUACUUUAUUUGUGCAGUAUUGUUUAAGAGGACGUGUAGAGAGCAUGUUGUUUCAUGGCGCAUUCAGCUAGUGUGUAGAUCUUUACAUUUCCAGUAGAUUCUAUUUCUUACUUUCUUUUAUUAAUAUGUACAUGUUUUGCUCUGCAUUUGAAUGGCUAGAAGCUUGCAUGAUCCCUGAAACUUUCCUUGGAUACACUUUACAUUACAGUGUCCAUGUUACAGAUAUUACAUGCUACUAAAAUUAAAAACAUUACCAAUGUGCUAUUACAAGCAGCUCCACAUAAUUAUAUACUAAGUGCUUGGUGUUUAUUAAUAAGAUAUGUACUGACAUGGACACUGUAAUGCAAAAUGUGACCCUUUUAGUUUAAAAAUAUCUAGUUAAAAUCUGUUUUAUUUGUUUUGUUGCCUUUGCUCUCUUCUUAACUGCAAUGUUGUGCCUUAGAAAUGUGCUCCUAGAUAAAUUCUAGUGUUGGCCACCCUUGCAUCCAAAGCUUCAAUUUACCAAUGUAAAUUGGUUAGAGAUUUAUGCAUAUGCACUGAGCACUCUGCUUCUACCCUGGUACUUUAUUCAGUAAUUCUUUAAGCGAACGAACAAUAGAUUUAAAAAUGGAAAGCCCACCUUCUGUAUGUAAGCAGUUUAGUCAUUUCAUGUGCAUUAAGAGAUGUGAAAUUGUUGAACAUCCAUAUUUGUUAAGCUCUAAAGAAACUGAAAAGGCCUUUAUUUUCAAUGGAAUAUCCAUGCCACAAAGGCAGAUUGUAUUCAGCAAUGUCAGCAAAUAACUCCUGCUCAUACUUUCUGUUAAUAUUUGAGAUUAAAAAGACAUUGUCAUUUACAUCUGGGGGAUUUUGACAAUUGCCUGUAUAUCAUUUGUUUUAUUUAUGUAACAUGUAAGAAUAUGAACUGUAACUAGAGCAGCAGUAAGGCAAUAAUUUCUGGAAAGAGUAGCCAAGGAGUGUGUGACAAUUACCUUUGUAUUCUACGUAUAUUUAUUAUACCCUCUCAAAAUGAGUGAUAUAUGACAACCUACAAGAUGCUGAAAUGCAAUGGCUUUUAUAGCAAGUGUAUGUUUUUUAAAUAAACUAUAAUAAACUAUUUUAAA